GUUUUUCUUUUUCUUUUUCUUUUUCUUUCUUUCUUUGUUUUUUUUAUUUUUUUUAUAUUAUUAUGAACUAUUUACAUUCACCUAGUAGACUUCAUAAUGUUAAUUCAAAUAGUCCAUUAAACUUAUUUGAUAGUCCAUCAUUAUCUGGUCACCGUUAUUCUGAUCAUUUUACAACUCUCAGUUGCGAGUCCCCCCCUCCUAACUUUGAUGAUCUCCGAACCCCAUUGCCUCCUCAACGACGUACUUUGGAUUGGACUACUGAUUUAUUAUCUUCGACAAAACGUGCAACUGAACCUUCACCUGGACGACAAUUACAAAAAAAGACGCCAACUACAACACCAUUGGAAUCCAACAACAACAACAACAACAAAACUAAUCCAUCUUCCAUCUCCAAUACCAUCUUUUCUCCUAUUAGGAAAACAGAACCUUCUUCAUAUCUUAGUCCUAUCAACAACAACAAUAAAAACAACAUAUCUCCUGUGGAAGCAUCUUCUUAUGUUGAUAGUUACAACGUAUCUUCUCCUCUGAAAAUUUCACCUUAUAAGGCCGUCGAUACUUUCACUAGUCAAUCUACUUCUUUGAAAGUUUCGCCAUAUAAGAAUUUGAAUGAAAAUACCAACAGCUUAUCUCCUUUGAAAUCUUCCUACAAGACCAUCAAUAAUUCUCAUGCUGGUUCCUCUUCUCUGAAAACAAUAUCACCUUACAAGAAUUCAAACACUGAAAGUAAUAUCACUAGUCGAACAUCUCCUCUCAAAUAUAGUCCUUUGGCCGAAAAAUACAACAACAAAAGCCCAUUGGAACAUGAUUUUACUUCAAAGAAAUACAUCACUUCACCAAUGAAAAACGCCAAUCAUCUUAUGAAUAGUUCUUCUACGCCUUUGUUCAGUAAGUCUCCUGCAAAAACGCAAUUGUAUGAAUCCAGUCCAAUACAUGAUGACCUAGUUUCUCGUCGACCUUCCAACUCUCUUGAUGAUUUUAAGGCUACUCCAUUGAGUGAUGCUAAACAUGAUAAUGAACCACCUACUUCAACUCCUCCGCGUCCACCUCAAGCCCCAACUACCUAUCGAAGUCCUGUUUACAGCAAUUCUUCCUACAAGCCUUCCGAUAAGCAGCAAACACCUAUUCAUCAACAUCACAGUCCUCUUUUUACUCGAGAUAAUGGACAAACUAAUAUUGUACGAAGCUCAGCUCACUUGGCAUCAUCAUCAUCAUCAUCACCUCCAUCCACAGAGCAAGCAACAUUGAAGAAGGAUAAUAUUCAUCAAUCAUCAACAAAUGACUCUUCAUCGACUGAUAUGAAUGGAUCUAAUAACAACAAUGAUGACACACAAUCACUUCAUCCUAAACAUAAGAGUACAACAUCCCAAUAUCCAAAACGACAAAAAUCAAAUCGAAUCCAUCCUACAUCUAUUGAACAACAACAACAUCAGCGUCGUGGCGAACUUCCUCAUUAUAUGCUUGCAACAGCAUCGUAUCAAAGCAGAUUACAUUCUCUCACCGAUCACGAUGCCAAAUUACAUAAAACAAAAUCAGGUGGUGUAGUGAAACGAACAAGUUCAUCUAGGAUCCCACAAUUUCGAUCCACCACCAAGAUCAAUGCCAUUGAUGAUAUCCGUAGUGAAAUGACCCCAGAAGAUGUAUAUAUUCCCCUGGCCGCGCGUGUUAAAUUAUUCGAAAAGGAAUUGGGAAAUGGAUCCAAAACUUACAAUCAACGUUCCUCACAGAGUGAAAAUACUAUGAGUCAUACAACACGUCUAACAAAACCAAAAUCACCACAUUUAUUAACGCGUGAACGAUCAACCAAUUCAAGCCAUUAUUGUUUCAAUGUUGAUGAUCAAUCUAGUGUAUCAAGUUCUACAAAAGGAUACCGUAGAUUACACCAUCGAUCUGAAACCCCACAGUAUGAAUCAAAGGAUUUAUUGGAUGGAACAAGAAUCAAGAAAGAAAAGAGUGAUGAUUCAUAUACAAGUCGACUUGGAAAACGAACAUUAUCUACUGCUUUGGAGGGUGAACAACAUAAUGAUGGUCAAGAUAAUCGAUUAUCUGAACAAAAAAGAAGUAAACAUCAUCAUCAUUCAGUGCAGGUGAAGCCAUUCCAUUUUGCCACAGAUGAUCGCGCAGCUCGAUAUCAACAACUUUUCCGUGCCAAACUGAAUUUAUGGAAAGAAAAAGAAUUCAAGGAAAAUAGGCGAUAGACUAGACAAAAUGUUUUUUUUUUUUUUU